AAAAUCAAAACAGACGGAAUUAGGAAUGUUACAAGCUCUUUGUGUUAAUUCUGAAAGCUGAAACAGUUGGAAAAACAUGUUAAUUUAAUUAGCAGAACCUCUCAAAGUGUAAUUUCAAUAUAAUACUAAAGGAAAUUUAAAUGUGUAAUGUUGAUUACCUUGAAUGAUUAAGAACAUAAGUAGUGGUAAUUUUAUUGUUUACACUGAAAUAUUAACAAAAUGUAUCGAAGCUGCUCUACGCUCUUAGUCUUCCUCUUGCACUUCCAAUUAUUUACCGCUGAUGUGCCAUUGUCAUACCUCUACAAUGCGAAUGGUGGUUUAUCUAAUGACUCGGUCAAAUGUACAGAACUCUUGAAAACAUUUGCUCAUUCUGCUUCGAACCUCACAAUGUGCUCCAUUAUCUAUGCCAGGCCCGUACGACUCUGCGAGAAGUGUGUCAAUGAAUAUGCUAAUUUUGUAUUGGAUUUCAAUGAGUUAUUGAGUGCAGAGGACAAUGGCACUACUUGCAGAUCUUUAUAUUUAUCUCAGGAUAGAUUGGAUGCCGUGCUUGACUUGCAGACUCAUAUAGCAUCUGUUUGGGAUAAAGGAAAUUGUAACAAUUGUUUUGAGUGGGAUGGAAAUAUCCCCACAACAUCAAAUAAUACAAAAAAGUUUGAUAAAUUACACAAUGAAACUAUGGAGUGUAUCCUUGAUAAUAUUAAUAAAUAUGGGAAUGACACAGACAAGGUGUGCGAAAACUGCAUGCAACUAUAUGUGGAACUGGACGAGUUCUACAAGUCCCUGAGUGCUGAUGGCAUUGGCGUUGACAGUGUUUGUAUGGAUGUGGUAGACUUGAUGAAUACAACAAGGUCAGUGUGGAGUAAAGACUUGGACUGUUGCAAGUUGAGGAAGGCACCAGAAAUAGUAUUCUUGUGCUGUUCUGCAAUUAUAUCAGCACUGCCUGUACUAUUCUAUCUAGCUAUGAGAUACUGUGGGCCAAUUAGGGAUUUGCCUAAUGUUUUGAAGCAAUCCAGAUUCAAGCAAACUUUCAUGAGGUCUAGUACAGGGAGGAUUAAUUAACACUUCAAUUGACAAUCUGCUUGGCAGUUUGUUUCAUAUAGCAUUUGGGGAGGUGUGUCACCCAGCCAAACAUGACAUCUGCCACAGAACAAAAUCGUAAAAGACCCAGUAGCUGGGUUUGUCACUAAAUGUGUUUAAUUAAGUAUAAUUGUGAAUUGUGUUUUGUAAAAAUAUAGCCAAAGAAAUAAAAGACAUUAUUUUGUUAA